AUGUCGACCAAAAUCCCCCACCUCAUCACGCUCGCCGACUUGCCUACGGCCCAAAUUACUCGCUUGCUCUCGCACGCUCAUGCAGUCAAGCAAACGUCCUUACCUUGGUUGCAACCCCACGCGCAGCGCGCCGCCCCUAAAUCCAACGCGAAGGGUGCUAAGGCUCCUACUUCCAAGAACCUUCGCCUUCCACCCCAGACGCUGUUCAACAAGUCCAUUGCACUUCUCUUCUCAAAACGCUCGACGCGGACGCGACUAGCGGCGGAGACCAGCACGACCUUGUUGGGCGGACGUGCGCUUUUCCUCGGACGCGAUGACAUCCAGCUGGGGGUGAACGAGUCGCCGCGGGAUACAGCGCGGGUCAUUGGUGGGAUGUGCCAGGGUAUCUUCGCUCGUGUGGGAGGGAAUGAGGAGAUUGAGGAACUCAUCCGCUACUCGCCUGUACCAGUCUUGAAUGCACUCUCCUCAAUGUGGCACCCGACUCAGAUCCUUGCCGACCUCUUGACUCUGCACGAGCACGCAGCAGCUUUCCCGUCCGAGACGGCAGACCCAUUCGCCGAGGGUUCCGCGGAGCAGGCACCUACAUCCUCCAAGGGCAAGCGCGCUGUGCUCCCAACGCUGCGCCCCCUCACCAUUGCGUACGUCGGCGACCCAAACAACAUCCUCAACGACAUGCUCGUCACCUAUCCGCGCCUCGGGCACAAGCUCCGCAUCGGCGCCCCCGAGAAGUACGCCGCGCCCUACUUCAGCGACGCGCCGAGCGAGCAGGCGGAGGUGAUGAAGCGCGUGAACCAGCUCGAGUGCAAUAAGGAGGGGAUGCUCACCUGGACGUCGGACCCUCGGGAGGCGGUGAAGGGCGCGGACGUCGUGGUCACGGAUACGUGGAUCUCGAUGGGGCAGGAGGAGGAGAAGGCGCAGCGGCUGGCGGACUUUGCGGGCUACCAGGUCACGGAGGAGCUCUGCGCGGAGGGUGGCGCGAACCCGAACUGGAAGUUCAUGCACUGCUUGCCGCGGAAGCCGCAGGAGGUGGACGACGAGGUUUUCUUCGGCCCACGCUCGCUCGUGUAUCCCGAGGCGGACAACCGCAAGUGGACGAUCAUGGCGCUGUUUGACCAAUUGUUUGGCCGCUGGCAGCUCGACACGUCCGUGACCACCGUGCUCGGUGAGGACGGUAUGGUGAAGGAGGCGGGCGCGGAGGAGCCGACUGACGAGUAG